CAAGCCAAGAAACCGCCUCGCGCCGCCGCCUGCAACACCAACGCCGUCGGCGGCUCCAUGGCCAUGCGGGAGAUGCCUCCCCACGGGCCGGGCGCCGGCGCGGACCACAUCCAGCCGCCGGCGCCGCUCCCACCCGGCGUCUACUUCAGCCCCACCAAGGAGGAGUGCCUGGCGCUCCUCAACCGGUCGAUCGCCGCCGGCCACACCGCGCCGCCCGACGCGCGCGGCUACGUCUUCCGCGCCGACGUCUACGACGAGAGCCCCGACGCGCUGCGUCGGCGCCACCCGCCGGCGAGCACCCGCGAGGGCGACCGCACGUGGUGGUUCUUGGGCCACACGAGGUUCCGGAGCCAGACCUCGCCCGCCAAGCGAGCCGACCGCAGGGUCAGGACCGGCGGGUGCUGGCGCGUGGAGAGCAAGAAGAAGCUCGACGCCGACGGCGUCCAGAGCUGCUUCCGCUUCUACACCGCGGGUACCUGCAAGCUCGCCGACAGGACGCCGUGGCUCAUGCAGGAGUUCACCAGCGCCAUGGACGACGGCGCCGGGCAGCGGGGCGUGCCCGCGCUCUACAGGGUCUACGUCACGCCGCACGCCACCGACGAACAGCUCAGGGACACCUACGGCCAGGACGGCUUAAACAAGACCCCCGACGGGAAAAAGAAGCCCGCCCGAGCCCUCCUCCCGGAGGAGUAUUUCGACGCAAUCGCCGCGCGGCUGCCCCAUGGCGAGAACGUCCAGUUUCCACAGGCGCUGCUGCCGGGGACUGCCCAUGGCGUGGAGAGCGUCCAGUUGCCACAGGCGCUGCUGCCGGGGACUGCCCAUGGCGUGGAGAACAUCCAGCUGCCACAGGCGCUGCUGCCGGGGAGUGCCCAUGGCGAGAACGGCCAGCUGCCACAGGCGCUGCUGCCGGGGACUGCCCAUGGCGAGAACGUCCAGCUGCCACAGGCGCCGCCGCCGUCUCCGGCCAAUCUUCGUCAAUACCGGCAGCAGCAGGAGCAGUAUCUUCGUGAGUAUUACAGCCGCCACCAGCAGCAGAAUCAGCAGGCGCCGUUCUUUGGGGUCCCUCCACCGCUCCCUCUGCCUGUGACGCCGGACUUCCUUAGCGAGCUCGCCGCCGACACGCAAGAGGAGCCGGCGGACACUGUCAUGGAGGACAGGGCCGGUUGA